AUGGGCACCUACGGCCUCGGCGUCCUCCCCUCCUUGUUCGGCGGCUCGCCCUCGCCUUUCCUGAGCAACGCCGGCCUCGACUCGCCGCUCCGUUCCCCGACCCCGCGCGCCCUGUCGCCCUCGCCCACCGUCCUCGACCAAGGCGACGACGACGACGACGACCGCCGCCAGAACCACUACCACGACCGCCGCGCCUCGUCCUCGUCCUCGGACGACGACUCGGCCUCGACCCGCAAGCUCCGCACCUCGCCCGACUUCAGCUCCCUCACUCCCCACUCGGCCGCGCCCAACUCGCCCCAGCGCGCACCGGGCCUCCCGAGCCUCGGGCCCUCGUCGUCGGCGCGCUCGCCCUACCCGCACCACCCCUCGUCGUCCUCGGCGACCUCGUCCCUCGCCUCCACGCCAUCGUCCGCCGUCAACGCCGUCCCCCACGACGACGACGACGACGACGAGUGCGAGGACGGCGGCGAGCUCCCGAUCCUCCCCAUGCGCGUCCCUCGUCCCAAGACCAAGGCCGACCGCGACCGCGAGCGCGCCCUCGGCCUCGUGCCCAACCCGGGCGCCAAGCGCGAGGGCCUCGGCGUCAAGCUCGCGCGCAAGCGCGCCAACAGCCUCAAGUGGGCCAAGUACGCCAACCAGGGCGCGUUCGAGGUCGAGCUCGGCCUCAGCAACGACGACCUCAAGCGCGAGUAG